AUGUCAACACCACACAUUUCCGGGUUGGCGUUGUAUCUCAAGGGACUGGAGGGCUCUGUCGUUGACGCAUCGGCGGCGAUCGGCGCACGCAUCAAGGAGCUUGCUACCAGGGGCAUAGUUGCCGAUCCUGGAGUUGGCAGUCCUAAUCUUGUUGCAUAUAAUGGGAAUGGUCGACGAUGA